AUGGAGUGGACACCGAACGACCGAAUUACGCAAUUCUUCAACUAUACAAAUUUAAGCAAACGCAACAUCGAGUUGAACAGGCUAAAAAUAUUGUAUGAAAAGGCGUGUCAUUCAGAACAUUUCGCACAUGUUGUAAAGGAAUUAUUUGAUCUGAAUGAAACCCUGAAAAGAAGGCUGAUCAUAAAUGAAUCGAAUAUACGGAAUGUUAUCCAGCAAGAUCAAUUUCUACAAAUUCCCACUGAUGACAUGAAGAAAAUCCUGACAGAUCUUGACGAAAUGCGUUUUGCUAAACGGAAAACAUUGGAUUUGCUUCUAGUGAAAGUGAAGUUUUUGCGCGAACGGUAUCAUAAUUUGUUGAUGAAAAUAUUCGCAAACAGAAUCCACUUUGAUACAUAUGAUCCAAAAGCAACGGAACAAGAAUCUCAAAUAAGGUUACUGGCUGCAAAUCUUAAUCGCUGUGAGGCAGCUAUUCGCAAUGCUCGAAACGUGCAUGGGUAUUAUUUUCGUAUAGGAAUGUACCUAUCAAAGGACAACCUGGAUAACAACCGAUCGUUAGAAGCCCUAAAACAAGCAAUUACAGAGCAAACGCAGCUGAUUAAAAAAACAACACAGAUCGGUCGGUCAAUGAUUAAUAAUGUAGCAAAGUUAAAUAUCGAUUUAAAGAAAUCAUCUUUAAAAUUCGCUACACAUCGAGAACUGACUACGACAUCCCUGAUUCAUUAUAAAACCAUACUAGCAAAGGAAAAGUCUUCAAUUGUUGAUGCCACAAUGAAAGACAUUGACACAAAACGAUGGACUUCACGCUACGAUUCUUUGACCCAAAGUAUGGAAAAUUUGCAAAUAGAAAAGGAGAAUUUGCAAUCAACUAUUCUUGAAAUGAAGCAAGCUUCUUUUAGUAUUUGUGAGGCUCAAAUUCUUUACGAAAUGAAUCAUAAAACAAAUCAGAUCAUGCAAGUGGAAAAGGAAAUUUAUGAGAAGGAAGGCUCUUACAAGAAACUUAAUGAAAGUAUUGAACAUAUGAAAUAUUUUAUCCACGAAGGUUCAAAUUUACCACCAAAAACAGAAAACAUUACACAUGGCUUAGAGGAGCAAACUAAAAUGCAAACCAAAUUGAAAGCUUCUUUGGCACGACAAAAUUCGUUGCAUAUGCUGUUGGACCAGUUUUUUGCGCACAUAACCCAAAUUAUUGAACGAAGUGACUUGAAAGCAACUAAUGUGAAUAUGCAUGAUUCGGAAUAUGAAAACAUAGCAACCUUAUCUGCUUUGUUGCGUUUGCUCAAAUCUGAAGAAUAA